AUGGCGCGGUGGUUGUCAUUCUUUGCGGAAUACAUCUUUUCGGUCGAGUAUAAACCAGGACGACUUAAUGUCGUCGCUGGUGCACUCUCACGUCGGACCGACUUUGAACCAGUCGUGAAACCCAACAAUGAGACAGUCACUGUUGCGGUUAUGACGUCCUCAGUCCCAUCUACAACGUUGUAUGAUGAUGUGAGGCGGGCAUACGCCCAAGAUGGUGAGAUUGUGAAGUUGUUGACACAUCUCUCCCAACCAUCUCGAGAAUCGUUGAAACGAUUGUCGCCUGCGUAUCGAUCUGAUGCAGAUCGAUACACUACUCGUAACGGUUUACUGUAUUAUACAGCCGUUUCUGGUGACACACUACGUGUUGUCAUUCCAGAUGAUACUGAUCUGCGUUUGCGGAUCAUGUUCGAGUAUCACGAUGCUCCUAUAGGAGGACAUCGUGGCCGUGAGAAAACAUAUCUCACGGUGAGUCGAGACUUUUACUGGCCCCGCCAGUAUCAGUUUGUGCGAAAGUAUGUUCGCGCAUGCGAAGUCUGUCAACGAGUGAAGUCAAGUCCUUUACUGCGUGCACCUUUACAGCCUCUACCGGUUCCGGCUGAGUGCUGGGAAUCCAUCUCAAUGGAUUUUGUCUUCGGGUUACCCAAAGACGCACGCGGGAAUACGGGUAUUCUCGUAUUUGUUGACAGAUUCAGCAAUAUGGUACACCUUGUGGCUGUACCAGAGACAAUCACGGCAAGUGGCUGUGCUUGUGUCUUUAUUGACACCAUCUUCCGACUUGAUGGGUUGCCCCGUGAACUCGUAUCAGACAGAGACCCACGAUUCACUGCUGAUUUCUGGCGUUCCGUGUUCAAAUCACUCGGAACGCGCUUGAAGAUGUCAACAUCUGAUCAUCCAGAGUCCGAUGGUCAGACGGAACGUGCCAAUCGUGUCCUUGAAGAGAUACUUCGAGGAUACUUACACUCCUUUAAGAGUUGGAGUGAGUUUUUGCCAAUGGUAGAGUUUGCCAUCAACAACUCGGUGCAUGCGUCCACGACACAUACACCGUUUUACGUGAAUGGCUUGCGCAAUCCGCGUGUACCCACCUUACUAGAGUGUAACUCUGGUUUAAGGGGGGGAGGGACUCGCGCGAGCAAAAACCUAAUUGGUUCACGCUCAUCACGCUCUGACGAAGAAGUCAUUGCGUUUGAUGCCGAUAUCGAUAACAUCGAUAUCGAAGAAGAUGAUGCCAGUGAGAGUGCGGAAGCCCUCACUGAAGAAGAUGAUCCCAGUGAGAGUGCGGAAGCCCUCACUGAAGAAAAGGUUGAUGUUGCUGCAGUGCGCUCACAGCACACUGAAGCUAACGAGUCAUCAGAUGAGUUCAUACUGGCUCGUGAAACGGUAGUCCGUUUUGUGCAAGACUCCAUCGCCGAAGCGGUGACUUAG